CGCAAUCAGUGUUAGUUUUAGUUUUGUGCCAAUAACAUAGAAUUGAAAAUAAAUCGAAAGUGUGAAUGCAAUUAAAAUGAAGAUUUUACAAUAUCUGAUCCAUAAACUAUUGGAGUUCAAUAAUGUUCUGCAAAUAGGCAGGCGCAUUACCGUAAAUCCAAUACUGGCCAGUCCCCUAUUCAUGAUAUCCAUUUUCACAUUAUACCUCUUAAUUGUUCGAAAAUGGGGACCCAAAUACAUGGAAAAUCGGAAACCAUUUAAUGUGGAUGGAUUAAUGAAGCUCUACAAUUUCGUACAAAUUCUGCUGAAUGCAUUUAUAUUGUACGAAGGAGUUCGUUAUAGCUAUCUGCGACCAGAUUACAGUUUAACCUGUGAAGGUUACAAUCCUGACGAUAUGAGACCGAUGACAUUGAAGGGAGCCCGUCCAGUCUAUUUAUAUCAUUUAAGCAAAUAUAUGGAUCUAUUGGAUACGAUUUUCUUUUUGCUUCGCAAGAAAUUCAAUCAAAUUAGUUUCCUACAUGUUUAUCAUCAUGCUGGAAUGUUGGUUGGAACAUACUUGUAUAUUUCGAAAUCAUUUGGAUCACAUUUAAGUCUGAUUGGAGUAAUUAACUCAUUCAUCCACGUUGUCAUGUACACCUAUUAUCUGGCGGCUGCCAUGAAACUCAACAUCGAUUUGAUGGCAUGGAAAAAACGAGUCACAAUGAUGCAAAUAAUCCAAUUCAUUAUUUUGGCAUUUCAUCAGAGUCUGCCGCUGAUAAACAAUCCGUGCAAUAUGAGCAAACAAAUUGUUCUAUUUUCCGUUAGUCAGUGUAUAUUUAUGUUAAUAUUAUUUUCAAAUUUCUACUAUCAGACAUAUAUACGUUCGGCAAAGAAAAUAAAAUCGAAAUAAACAACCAAUCAAAUGAAA